AGGAUGGCGAAGAGGGCUUCCCAGAACGCGCGCAAAGCAAGCUUGAUUGCCUUUGGUGUCAUAGCUCUCGCCGCAUUCGCUUGCGCGGUGGAUACUACGAAGGCUGAGGAGGGCAUCCAAGUAGCUGAUCCAGCGGCGGAAGCCUCCAGGGCAUACAAACAAGCAAUAUCGACGCUCUCCACCUUGACCGCGUUACCGUCAUCUCAGACUGAGGACUCGAGCCCCUACCUCUCUCAUAAUAACAAUGGGUUCCAGCUCUCGUCAUUAUUUCCUAGCAUUCAGGGUCACGGCCCGAUUGCAAGCGCGAUGCGAAUAGCAAUGAAGCUGCUUCACCAUCCAUGGCUGCCCGCGUCAUUGACAGGGUACGUGAAGGAGGAACUAGGCGGGGGAAGAAGGAAGGAUACGGAGCUCCAUGGCAAGGCGGUCAAAGUCAUUGACCUUCUCCAGCAUGCAGCUGACCUCGGACACACGGACGCCCUUUACACAUUGGCACAGAUCUCUUUGUCUCCACCCAACAGUUACUUUCCAUCAAAGCCCAGGCUGGGAUACCACUCAUACUCGACCCACGCACAGCUGACGGGCAACGCGUCCUCACAAGCGAUGUUAGGUUUCUUCCACUCGACCGGGUACCACGGUGUCGUUCCCAUAGACCAGGCGAAGGCACAACUGUACCUGACAUUCGCAGCACACGGCGGACACAAAGGUGCACAAAUGGCGCUCGGAUACCGGUACUGGGCGGGCGUCGGCGUAGCCGAGAACUGCAUGGACUCGCUGUCGUGGUACGAGGACGCGGCGGAACAAACGAUGGCACGGUUCCUGUCCGGCCCUCCCGGCGGCCGCACGCUCCCUCUCGCAGCGCCGAAGCUGUCUGACCUCGUCGGUGGCGUCUUCGGGCCCGGUGCAAGCGUGGCGUCCACGGGUCUGCAGGCGGGUAGGCCAGUCAUCAAGACUGCGCGCGCCCAGGCAGCCGGCGAGACAUGGGAAGACCUGCUGGAAUACUACUUGUUCAACGCAGACCGCGGUGAGACGGACUUUGCGUUCCGGCUCGGCAAGAUCUUCUACCAAGGCAGCGUCUACGCCCUCCCCGGUGGGAUCGCUUCCGGGGGCGAAGGCGCCAGCGCCAUCCCGCGGGACUUUGCGCGCGCGCGUUACUACUUCAUGCGCAUUGCUCGGCAAGUCUGGUCGCGCGACCACGGGCGUGACACCUCCUCUGCGACGAUUCGUGAGGAGAACCCGACGCUCGCCGCGUACGGAGCGCUCGCAGCAGGCUACCUCGGCCGGAUGUACCUGCGCGGGGAGGGCGUACAGGCGGACGCGGCGACGGCACGGAUGUGGUUCGAGCGCGGGGCGGACUUCAACGAGAAGGAGAGCCAUAAUGGGCUGGGCAUCAUCUGGAGGGAUGGGCUGGUGGAGGGGAAGAAGGAUGCGAAGAAGGCGAUGAACCAUUUCACGAUCGCGGCUGGGCAGGAGCUCGCGGAGGCCGCGGUCAACCUCGGCAAGAUGUACUAUGAGCGCGGCGACGUGAAAGUGGCCGCGGCCUACUUCGAGACAGCGAUGCGCCAGGGGUCUCCGUUCGAGGCGUACCACUACCUCGCGGAGAUUCAGGCAGCGCAGGCGCGGAACAACAUGAUCACACCGCACAUCGCGGGGAGCUCGUGCUCUGUCGCUGUGUCAUUCUUCAAGGUCGUUACGGAGCGCGGCGUGUGGGACGAAGACCUUCUCGACGAGGCGGCAGAGCUAUGGGAGCUUGGCACGGAGAGGGGUCAUGAGAUGGCGAUGCUGAGGUGGUGGAUCGCUGCUGAGCGCGGGAACGAAGUCGCGCAGAAUAAUCUUGCGUAUGUGCUCGACCAAGACAGGAGCAUCUUGCGUUUCACGAGAUUCGCGCCGACCUCGCCUUCCAACGAUACUGCGCGACUCGCUCUUACACAGUGGAUCCGAUCUGCCGCGCAACGCAACGUCGACUCUCUGGUCAAGGUGGGCGACUACUACUACCACGGACUGGGUGUCGCGGAUGAGCCCGAAAAGGUGCGCUGGGAGAAAGCGGCGGGUUACUAUCAGUCCGCGGCCGAUACCCAGAUGAGCGCGCUGGCGAUGUGGAAUCUUGGGUGGAUGUAUGAGAACGGUAUCGGAGUCCCUCAGGACUUCCACUUGGCGAAGCGUCACUACGAUUUGGCAUUGGAGACCAACAGCGAAGCUUCGGUCCCUGUCUCGAUCUCGCUGUUGAAGUUGCAUGCGCGGAGCCUCUGGCGGACUCUCACUGGGCGGUCCGGCGGACUGAGCAUAUGGGGCGAAGACGAUGAGGAGAGCAGCCGUUCUCGUCUUCCACCACCACAAGGACGAACCGUCGAGGGUGGCGAGGAGACAGACAACACGCAGGCAGCAGCCGGGGAGCCCGUUGGCGAGAUCGAUGAGUACGAGGACGGACCGUGGUACAUUGGGAAGGCCCGUGAAGAGUUCAACAAGCGGAAGAAGAAUGGUCAGAACGUUGAUCGUGUGCGCCAGGACGACGAUGAUCCGGUGAAGUGGGCGAGAGAACGCAGACAGGCCGAGGCCGAUCGCGAGGGCGAUUUCGGGCCUGAAGACUACUUCGACGCCACUACUCGCAAACGGGACGACGAGGACGACGACUUCGCUGAGACCAUGCUGCUCGUUGUAGUAUGCAUCCUGGUGUCCGUCUUAUUGUACGUCCGGGGGCGCUAUCUGGACCGCAUCCGGAGAGAAGCCCAACAGCAACAAGCACAGCCAGGAAAUGGUGGGCAAGCACUUCCCGCGCAGCAGGCGCCUCCAGUAGACUGGCAAGCUCCGUUGCUGUGAUGGUACAACCAAGGGUUUAUGUGGAUUUCUCGUGGAUUGUACGACAUCGUUGUCUGUAUCGAUAUCGAAUUGGAGGCAUUCUU